AUGAUGAUUCUUCAUUCAAUUAUUAAUAUUGAAUCAAAAUAUUCAUCAAAAAUUAUUCAAACACUUGAAAUAUCACAUUUAUUUGAUUAUUGUAACAAACAACAUGAUACUGCAACACAAUAUUAUGCAUUGUCAUUAAUUAAUGUGAUUAUGAAUAAAAGUGAUAAAAUAUUUCGUUCUUCAUUAGUGAAAGCUAUGUCAAAUACAAUUGUUUCAACAAGUCUUCGUGAACUUGAUGAACAUUCGAAUAAUGAUUCCUAUACAUCUAUGGAUACCUCAAUACAAUCAAUACGACAUGUUACUCGUUCAUCAUUGAUUCAACAAUUAUGUCUUUUACAAAGAUUUUAUUUAAAUGAAUUAUAUACAAGUUCAAUGAAUGCAUCACCCGAUCGAUUCGAUAUGAAAUAUCGUGAUAUGAUUUUGAAAUUACGACGAAGUGCAUUUGAUACAGAUUUAUUAUUAUCUGAUCAAAGUUGUCAAGAUUUAAGUAAUCGAGUAUCACCAGGAAAUAUAAAUGAAACAAUAUCAACAAUAAAUCCUCGUCGAGUUGAAGCAUUACAACGUGAUUAUGAACGACUUGGAUUUCAAGAUCUUCGAGAACCAAUAAGAGAUUUUCAAGUAAUUCCAUCAGGUAUUUUAUCAUUACAAAAUUUAUUCUAUUUUUGUAUUCAUCAAAAGAAUGAUUUUAUUCGAUUUGUUCUUGAAAAUUCAUGUAAAACACUUCAACAACAAUGUCCAUUAGUUAAAUCAGCUAUUGAAAUUACACGAAUACUUUGUAAACUUUUUUAUAUUGGUGUUGAACGUAAAUAUUUUCAUUUAAAUAUUAAAAAAUGA